GUAUGCUAUGUAAUUGAAUUAGAAGCAAGUGGACAUUACGAGUAUUAAAAAUUCUAAGCAUUAUGUGUUAUAAGUGUAAAUAAAAAAAAAUGUAAAUAAAUAAAUAUAACAACACAUAAAAUUGUCUAUAAUGUAUUACUAUAACUUCGGGAUUCGGUGCUUGUUUUGGUCUUAUAUACAAUGACUUGAUAAACACAAUUGGAAUGGGAUCGACAAUGAUUACAAUAUUCACAGGAAUCGGAGUUUUGGUGAAUGCAUUUUUUGGUUUUAUUACAUCUCCGCUACUGAAAAUUUUAUCUUUUCGACAAGUGGCGUUCAUAGCGGCUAUCAUGUACAACAUUGGAGUUUUUGGCACAUAUUUUGUUCAGUCAAUGGUGUCAUUCCUUAUCUUCUAUUCUUUGUUACUGAGUGCCGGCUUUGGACUUUUAUUAAAUUUGACGAGUACUAUAGUGAAUGAUUAUUUUACAAGUAAAAGAUUACUCACUGUAAGUCUCACUCAGACUGCUGUGGGUGUUAAUUGCAUGCUAUUACCAAAACUAGUGGCAAUGAUAUCCAACGAGUAUGGAUCUCGAGGAUGUAUACUCAUUAUAUCUGGUAUAAGCACCCAUUUAUUCGUUGCUGUGGCUUUAAUGCAGCCGAUUAAAUGGCAUAUGAAGAAAGAGGAGUUACCAGAAAACAAUGACGAAUCGCUAAUACUUUUGGUCAAUCCCCCAAAUGAGGGCGACAAAACACCUGUGGUCACGAUGAGCGAAAUAAAACCUCCUAAUAAAACAGUUACAGAGAAAACUGAUACUAGUAUUACCUUAUCACAUGAAAAGAGAUCGAGAAUCACGAUAUUAAUAAGUGAGCUGUUCGAUAAAUCGGUAAUGAAAAUAUUUUUUUCUUCAAUCAUUAUUAUUGGACCAGCGUGUAGCUUCUUUUGUGAUCUUACUUUUUAUAUGAUUUUUCCACAAGCCUUAUAUUCUUUACAAUGGAACUAUGAACACGUUGCAUGGGCAAUCUCAUUAUUGGCCUUCGGAGAUACAGCAGCGAGAGCGUUGUUUAUAGUUCUUAACAACUGGUUAUACAGGAUUGGAAUAGAAGAAUUGUACAUAAUUGGGCUGGGAAUCGCUUUUUUAUCCAGAAUAGGAAUGCUGCUAUCAAAAGAUACCAUUCCAGUUUUAGUAUAUAUGACCAUUAUUGGUGUAAGCCGCUGUUUUUUUAUAAUACUUGCACCUUUGGUGAUGGUUAAUGCUGUGGGAGUCGACAAAUUUACGGCUGUCAACGGUAUUUACAUGUUGACUGUAGGAAUUCUCGGUAUAGCAUUAGGACCUCUUACUGGUGCCGUGAGAGAUAUGACUGGCAGUUACACAAUAGUAUUUGCUAUAAUGGCUGGUAUUUUACUAUUAAUAAUGCUGAUAUGGAUAAUAGAAUUAUAUUAUAAGAAAAGGAAAUGUAAAUCACAAAGAAAAACAUCAGUAAACCAGUACAAUUUAUGAGAACGGUUUUGUGAGAGUUUAUGUGUUUUUGUAAAGAGUAAUAUUUGAGCACUUCGACUCAAAAUGAUUACAAUUUUCCAUAUGAGUGCCUAUUUAAAUACACGCCAGUGUAUAAAACUGAUUCUCUGUACAUUGUGGCAGGCGCAACGUUCUUUGUAGACCAUUUAUGAAGUACUUUUAAUAUAUAAUUUAGAGAAUAAUAAAUAUGCAUAAUAUGAGUGAUCUAUAUUCAAAUUGUUUCAAAUAAAUUAAAAUGAACUUU